AAGGGACCAUGCCUUUGGUCAAGAGAAACAUUGAGCCUCGGCACCUGUGCCACGGUGCAGUGCCUGAUGGGAUUGGCAACGAGCUGGAGUGUGUAACCAACAACACGCUGUCCACUAUCAUCCGCCAGCUCAGUAGCCUGAGAGGGAAACUGUAACAACUGCAAAAUCACCCAAAUCAGCAUUAAACAAGUUCAUUAGAAGUCAUGGAUUAGUGGAUGCAGUAAGUAAUAAUCUCUGACUCUCAGUCAUCUCAAUUAGGGUUUGUAGCCCCAUUUUGAUAAACACAACACAAAAAUCUGACACAUUUUUGGUCUUCAGGAGUUAUGACGUAAACACAACAGCAGAUCAGAACUUCUUCACGGACUCUCCGAUGAUUUGAGCCCUGAUAUAUUGACAAAGAUAAAUAUCACAUUAAAGAUAAAGCCAUUAUCACCUAACUGUUUCAGUUAAUGUACAUUAUUAUACAACGCUGUAGACAGUACUGAACAUCUAUCCACUGUAUACUCUAAUUAGCCAAUUUGUACAGAAGUGGACUGGUUUAUAUGGUUAAGGAUGCGUAUAUGUCUGCAUAAGCACUGGUAUACCUGUAUGUUGUUGUUUGUGCACUGAAAUAUGUUAGACAGAGAGAGACUAUUUUGGGAGGCAAAUUUACUCCUGGACAUCUGGCCCAAAGGAAACUCUGAUUAGUGUGUGUACGUGUGUGUGUGUGUGUGUGUGUGUGUGUGUGUGUGUGUGUGUGUGUGUGUGUGUGUGUGUGUGGAUUUAGUGAAGUUACAGGAGCUUAGAGCUUACCGUAAAGCUUUGUAUCUCAGGCAGACAAGAUGGAGAGUGAGUGGGCGGAGACACAAACUGUUUGACGUGCACCGUCCAGGCACUAAAUGCUAGUGUGUAAUCCAGGUAAAUAUAAUGGAUUCAGAAAUGUACAAACAGUAUAAAUAUAAAGAAUCCGUGUUUUAUAAGAUGGCCAAACUUGCUGUACUUUAUUUAAGUGUAUAAAGCCGAACACCAAAUGGACAGUUGCUUCUUGUAAAGCCUGUGAGUAAGACCUUACUUUAUCAGAAAACAUUAUAUAGCUGAUGUCUAAAACAGGUGUUCGUGCAGAUUUCAGUGUUUUCCAUGUCAAGAUUCUUCUGGUUCUUUGCCCUGGUUGCAGGUAAACAUGCAGAAAAUGUUUUUGGGGAGCUUUUUAACGAGGCCAACAACUUUUAUGGGCGCGCCAACUCUCUCCAGGACCGUAUCGACCGCUUGGCCGUCAAGGUCACCCAGCUGGACUCCAGCGUGGAGGAGGUCUCUCUUCAUGACAUAAACAUGAGGAAGGCAUUCAAAAGCUGUACAGUCCAGGACCAGCAGGUCUUGUCUAAGGGCAGCACUCCAAACUCUGUGGCUGAGAUGCGCAACAGCAGUGACAGGCCUCCUCCCCUCAGCACCCUCACUGCCUAUAGAGAGGAUUCUACUGAUGCAAUGAAAUUCUACUCAGACCCGUCUUACUUUUUUGACUUGUGGAAGGAGAAAAUGCUUCAGGACACAGAGGACAAGAGAAAAGAAAGGCGGAGGCAAAGAGAACAGAAGCGAAGCGUAGAAAGCAGCACCCUUCAGCGCGAGGUGAAAAAGGUGAGAAAGGCUCGAAACCGCAGGCAAGAGUGGAACAGGAUGGCAUUCGAUAAGGAGCUGCGCCCAGAUCACCGUCAUCCGCAGACUCUCUGCCGAGGGGCAUCAUCUGAAGGCUCGCUGUCCCCAGAUGGCAGGCCUGACCUCCUAGACUAUCCCGUCCCUCCAGUCCCCGCCCAUUCUGCUUGUAAUCAUGCCAAGUCACAUGAUUACGUGCCUGGGAAUGCACACCCCUCACCACCUGUGGAGCAUGAAUACCACAGCAUUGAUGUCAACUACAAGAGAGUAACCUAUGCCACAGCAGAGCCUCAUGCAGCAGACCGGAUUAACGGUUCAAUACGUCCACCUGCAGAUUACAACUCCGUCCCUUCACCUCCUGCUCCAGGCCCACCCAUCCCAUCAGCCCAGACAGCCUUUGGGUUUCCACAUGGUGCGCUACCACCAACAGCACAUAAUGGAGUUUUGCAUGUAGGCCCAGGCUACCCACUCCCACCUGUACCUCCUCCAGGGCCACGCAUGGUCCCUCCUCCACCAGGUCCCCCACCUCCACCUCUCCCUCCCCCAGCUGCACCCUCACAUAUAGCAGGACACAGCUUAGGCAGCAGAGCUCAGACUAAACCUGUGAGAGACGCAAGAAGUGACCUGCUGUCCGCCAUCCGCAUAGGCAUCCAGUUGAAGAAAGUCCAAGAGCAGCAGGAGCAGCAGAACGAGCGGCAGCCGGUGGGGAAUGACGUGGCCACCAUCUUGUCCCGACGUAUAGCGGUGGAGUACAGUGACUCCGAUGAUGACUCAGAGCUGGAUGAAAACGAGUGGUCAGACUGACCGGACAGGAAGUGUAGCACCUGGGGGAAGUUUUGCUUUGUAUUGGAUCUUCAGUGCAAAUAAAACAAAACUGUAAAUCACUUGCUUUGGCUCCACCUUGUGGACUCUACGUAUCAACCCACUGCUGCCAAAGUAUCUUCAUCUUCUUUUAUUAAUAUGUGCUGCCCUGUACUUCUCAUGAGGAAAUGGCAUGAGUGAGCAGUUUGUACUAUUUUUCUUAAAAGGGUGAAUUUUCAGAGCUACUGUACACAGUUUAAAUUGGAUUAAUUGUAUGAUAAUGAAUGUUUUGUUUUCUACCACUGAUGAAAUAUGAGCCAUUAGUUUCCUAACUUUGUCAACCGAAACUGUAUGUUCCAAUCAAAUGUCCUCUCCUAACAACAAACUAACGCAUUGAACGCACCAUACCCGUAGCUCUAUUGAGGAAAUGUGUGAUGUCUCAGUACUACUAUGCAUUCUUCACAGAAGACAUUUGACACUUCGCCUUAGGUACACUAAAAUGUAGCUGCUCGCUUCAGGGUGCUGGUAUUAUGAUGUUGGCUCACUUGUCAUUUGUAACACAUGCUCACAUCAGAUUUGAAUCAGUGCAACUAUGUAAAGAAAAACCUUAAGGACUUCAGUAUUUAUUUUGUAUCAUUUUAUGGGAUUACACAUUCCAGAUUAAAUUUUGUCCUAAAUGUACCCCUCCUUAUAUUAUAUAAGUGUUGUAAGACAUUUCGUAACUGCUACCUCAAUCUGUGACAAAUCCACUACCCCACGGUAUGUGUAGUAGGGUGUCAUAAAGAGUCUGAAUACAGUUUUGUUCUGCCAUUAAAUUAUUAUUUGUUGUGAUGUGUCUUGUUGACAUAUUAAUUCUUUUAGCAUCAGCCAGAAAAUCAUGUUGUGAUUGUCUCCUUUACUAUAUUUUCUUUUAACUUAAACUCUUAGACUGUGCAUCAUAAUCCUCUAGUAGCUACAUGUAUAGUAUAAUAAUAAUAAAAACAUUAAAAUGU